UUUCUCUGUUUCUGUUGCUUCUUUAAAUAUCAAUGCUUCGCAAGAUGUUUAUUGUUACUUUGUCAUUCACAUUGAUAAAUUCAAAAUUGUGCGUUCCUCUUGUCCGUUGAAGUUCAAUUGCAUUGUGGUGACAAACCAAACACCAUACACAAACAAAGCGACAACAAGAAAUAUAUGGAUAGAGAAAGAGUGAAUGUGAAUAUAAUGGCAAGCAAAAAAGUGAAAACUAACAAAUACAAUUAGAAUUUUGCGUAACUAACCAAAUGAAUUUUACCACAUAUGACCAUUAGAGCCAAAGACAGACUGUGUUUCGUAAUAAGUUUGUUUUAAUUAAAUUAAACACAUUUAGAGCACACUGUAUUGCACAUUGUGUAUGUGCAUCGUAAUUGCCGACUCGAUACAACAAUCAUUCAGUUGAGCAUUGUGUUCAAGAGCAAAAUAACGAUACAGAGAGAGAGAGAGAGAGAGAGAGAGAGAGAGAGAGAGAGAGAGAAAGAAAGAAAGAAAAAGAAGGGUUUUAUUUUUGGGUGUAAUUUUGUUCUAUAAAUAAAAGUUAUCAGAGUAAAUCACCGUUUUCCCAGUGCAAUAAACAUAAUUUUCAUAGAGACGCAUUAAUCGAUUCGAAUAGGCGAUUGAAAUUCGAUAAUUAUCAUCAAUUUUGGUGAAGAAAAAAAAAGAAUAAAAAAUUACGAAAAUUCGAAAUGGAAAAAUUACAUUCGUAUCAAGGUUGGAUUGGUAGAUUUCAUGAGUGGCGAGAAUCGUUUCGUGAACGUUUUUCAAAUUGGCGACAAGAAAAUCCCGAAACCAUCAUUGAGCUAGUGAAAAAGAAAGUGUACGAUGAAUCGUCGACGAGCCAUGGACAUGCCGAUUAUUCACAUUUAUACAGAACAAAAACUCGUUCAGAGUUGCUUCGAGUCUCGGCAGCUGUAAUGGGCAUCGAAUUUUCAUAUGCCGCUGAAACGGCAUUCGUUUCACCAACGCUUUUAAGCAUUGGCGUUCAACAUCAGCAUAUGACAUUGGUUUGGGCGCUAUCACCAUUAGUUGGAUUCUUUUUAACACCAAUUAUGGGCUCGCUCAGCGAUCGAUGUCGAUUGAAUUUGGGACGUCGAAGGCCAUUCAUCAUAUUAUUUUCAAUCGGCAUAUUCAUCGGAUUGUUAAUGGUGCCAAAUGGUGAAGAUUUGGGAUAUGCUAUGGGUGAUUUCAAUCCAUACGCCGUAUCGAAUGAAACAAUGAUAAAAAAAACUUCAAUACUGGCACAUCGUUCAACCGCUUCGGAAACGGAAAUAAUCAAUGUGGCGAAUACAUCACAUCCAUGGGGUGUAUUUUUUACCAUAAUCGGAACAGUUCUAUUGGAUUUUGAUGCGGAUGCAUGCCAAAGUCCGAGCCGUGCAUUUUUACUCGAUGUAACGGUGCCAUCGGAUCAUGCAAAAGGUUUAUCAACGUUUACCAUAAUGGCUGGAUUAGGCGGUUUCAUGGGAUACUCACUCGGUGCCAUCAACUGGGAGGAAACAUCGCUUGGUGUGAUGUUGGGUGGGCAUGUUCGAGCCGUAUUCACAUUGGUUACGGUAAUAUUUAUUGUCUGUGUUAUCGUGACUCUGGACAGUUUUCGUGAGAUUCCACUAUGGAGAUUAGAGUCAGAGUCUCAAAGCGUUGUCGUGAUUGAUGACUGCGAUGAUGGCGAUGAAGCAAAAACCAACGAACAAUCUGAUGAACAAUCCGCACUUAAUAAACAACUUCAAGCACCCGAUCCAAUUAAUCGAACAACUUCAUACGGAGCUCUGGCAAAUGACAGCCUUGAAAUACCAAAAAAUGGAAAUCAACGCAGAUACACAAUGCCAGCCAUCCGACCGAAUACUGAAUCUGUAUGUUCGGCGAAUGUUAGACAUGACGAAGCUGAAACAUCAUUUACUGGAGAAAAUUUGAAUCAAACAACAACAUUACCAAUUGGACAAGAGGAACCGGUUGCAUCAUUUGAUAAGUACUUAAUGUCAAUCAUUUUUAUGCCACACUCCCUACGAAUGGUCUGUCUUACCAAUCUAUUCUGUUGGAUGGCACAUGUGUGUUAUUCAUUGUAUUUUACGGAUUUUGUUGGUGAAGCCGUAUUUCUCGGUGAUCCAAAAGCGGCUGAAGGAACCGAAUCAUACGCACUUUAUGAAGAGGGUGUUCGUUUUGGAUGCUGGGGAAUGGCCAUGUACUCAUUAUCAUGUGCAUGCUAUUCGACAAUAAUCGAACGGUUGAUUCGACGUUUUGGGGCAAAAAAAGUAUACAUCGGUGGACUAUUGUUCUACAGCUGUGGAAUGUGUAUGAUGGCAAUGACUAAGGCACCAGCUAGUGUUAUCAUAUUUAGUUGGUGUGCAGGUGUUAUGUAUUCAACCCUAUUUACAAUGCCAUAUUUACUAGUCGCCCAUUAUCAUUCCGAAGGAUGCUUUGCGGUGGACGCUCAAUCAACAUCACAAGGAGCACAAAUUCGAGGGUUGGGAACCGACAUAGCUAUUGUCAGCAGUAUGGUUUUCUUGGCACAAUUCAUUUUAUCAAUGUGCAUGGGAACGAUUGUUACAUGGUCUGGCACUACCACUGCCGUUGUAUCGAUGGCCAGCUUUUUAAGUUUCUGUGGUGCCAUAUGCGCAACACAAGUUAUGUACUUAGAUUUAUAAGUAAUAUAUACAUAAAUGUAGAAAAAUUACGCCAAUUUAUAAGAAUAAUCAUCUCUUUAUUGAAUGUACUGAAUUAACUUGUUGCAUUCGAAUUAAAUCGACAAACAAAACAUUCUUCUAUUGAAUUGUUUGCGAGUGCCAAAUAUUUGCUGACACAUAUGUUAUAUCAAAUUAUUUUUAAAAAAAAUCUCUCUCACAUCACUUAUAUGUAAACCAAAUGCAGUGUUCAUUUUAUCUAAUAAAAGUAAUUUAUUGUUUGGUGUGCGAUAAAAAUUAUAACAA